ACAAUCUUCUUCUUAAACCCAGGAAGCACCAACGAAGAACUUGAAGAAGCGAAGAGCUUAAAUGGCGUGCUUGCUCUCUAUAAGCUUUUCCACGCCUCUCUGUACUCCACCAAUCCUACUUCAGGAGGUACAUCCAAGAAGAUUAUCUCUGAAUAGACUCUCAAGCCAAGCAAAUGCCAGAACAGCACCAACGCCUCUUGCCACCUGCAAUGUUAAUGAUAAAGGCAUAUUUUCUGUGAACCGGAUCUAUCAACAUCACUUUUUGACACCCACAAGAUGUCGUUCUGAAAUUGAUUCUUGCCCUUGGAAUGUAGGUUCUUGUACCAAUAUGGUAAUUGCUGGUUAUUGGGUGGGACCUGAUCUUGAUGAUGGUUGGGGAUUUGUUGAAGCUUUUGUCAAUCAAAUUACUUGAUUUUUGGCUUA